GCAGUUGUCGCGAUCGGAAGCAAAUCGGAAAAUCUCCCUUGGAAUCCUAGAACACACAGGCGAAGAAUUUGCUGGCUGUGUUGCGACGACGUCGACGCAUUUCAAUUGGAUUCAGAGUUUGAUUUAUUGAAAUGUUGCCCUUUCGCCUGGGCCUGCUACUUGGCGCCGUGCUUCUAGUGGCAAGCGCAAAUGGAGCUGCCAUCGAAAAUGUGUCAGCGAACGAGGAUGAGCUUGCUGGUCUUGCCGAUUUGCAGAGGGAAAAGAGAAGCGGCAGGGGCUAUUCAAGGGGACAAACCCAGUCUCAGUACUUAAACUUCGGCAAGCCCGAACAGGACGGAAAGGCCGAGGCGGAGGCCAACGAAAAUGGAUCUCGCUCAACUGUCUCUGGCACUCAUGGAAUGGGUCAGGCCCAGAGUCAGUUCUCGUCCGGAGACUGCAAUGGAUGUGCUGGCUAUCAAACGGACUACCCUCCCUCCGGGAGAAUUCUUGAUGCUAGUGGACCCGCUGGAGGCGGCAGACCCGAUUCAAUUAUAAGCUUGCCCGGCGGACAGGCAGGAGCCGGACUACCAGGAUACGGAGGCCAGCCUGGAGUUAGUGGACAGGCAGGAUACGGAGGUCAGCCUGGAGUUGGUGGACAGACAGGAGCCACACAACCAGGAUACGUAGGUCAGCCUGGAGUAGGCGAUCAGACAGGAAUCAGUGGAGGACAGCCAGGAUACGCAUCUCAACCUGGGGUUGGUGGACAGACCGGAGUCGGAACUGGACAACCAGGAUACGGAGGUCAGCCCGGAGUGGGCGGACAGACAGGAGCCGGACAACCAGGAUACGGAAGCCAGCCUGGAGUUGGUGGACAGACAGGAGGCGGACAACCAGGAUACGCAGGUCAGCCUGGAGUUGGUGGACAAACUGGAGCCGGAAUUGGACAACCAGGAUACAUAGGUCAGCCUGGAGUUGGUGGACAGACAGGAGCCGCACAACCAGGAUACGGAAGCCAGCCUGGAUUUGGUGGACAAACCGAAGCCGGACAACCUGGAUACGGAGGGCAGCCUGGAGUUGGUGGACAAACUGGAGCCGAAACUGGACAACCAGGAUACGGACGUCAGCCCGGAGUUGGCGGACAGACAGGAGUCGGACAACCAGGAUACGGAGGUCAGCCUGGAGUAAGUGGACAGGCAGGAUACGGAGGUCAGCCUGGAGUUGACGGACAGACAGGAGCCGGACAACCAGGAUACGGAGGUCAGCCUGGAGUUGGUGGUCAGUCAGGAUACGGAGGUCAGCCUGGAGUUGGUGGACAGACAGGAGCCGAACAACCGGGCUAUGGAGGUCAACCUGGUGUUGGUGGAACAUCUGGAGCCGGAACUGGACAACCAGGAUACGGAGGUCAGCCUGGAGUAAGUGGACAGGCAGGAUACGGAGGUCAGCCUGGAGUUGGCGGACAGACCGGAUCCGGGCAACCAGGAUACGGAGGUCAGCCUGGAGUUAGUGGACAGGCAGGAUACGGAGGUCAGCCUGGAGUUGGCGGACAGACAGGAGCCGGACAACCAGGAUACGGAGGUCAGCCUGGAGUUGGUGGAACAUCUGGAGCCGGAACUGGACAACCAGGAUACGGAAGUCAGCCUGGAGUUGGCGAUCAGACAGGAAUCAGUGGAGGACAGCUAGGGUAUGGAUCUCAACCGGGAGUUGGUGGGCAAGCAGGAGCCGGUCAACCUGGGUACGGAGGGCAGCCUGGAGUUGGUGGUCAGUCAGGAAUCAGUGGAGGACAGCCAGGAUACGGAUCUCAACCUGGAGUUGGUGGACAAACCGGAGUCGGAACUGGACAACCAGGAUACGGAGGUCAGCCCGGAGUAGGCGGACAGACAGGAGUCGGACAACAAGGCUACGGAGGUCAGCCUGGAGUUAGUGGACAGGCAGCAUACGGAGGUCAGCCUGGAGUUGGCGGACAGACAGGAGCCGGACAACCAGGAUACGGAGGUCAGCCUGGAGUUGGUCAGUCAGGAAUCAGUGGAGGACAGCCAGGAUACGGAUCUCAACCUGGAGUUGGCGGACAGACAGGAGCCGGACAACCAAGCUACGGAGGUCAGCCUAGAGUUGGUGGACAAACUGGAGCCACAGCUGGACAACCCGGAUAUGGAGGCCAACCUGGAGUUGGCGGUCAGACAGGAAUCAGUGGAGUUCAGCCAGGAUACGGAACUCAACCUGGAGUUGGAGGAAGUCAACCUGGAUACGGCACUCAACUUGGAUAUGGAACUCAGCCUGGAUAUGGAACUCAACAGGGAGUCGGAGGUCAAUCGGGAAUUGGCGGCAGCCAACAAGGAUACGGUACCCAACCUGGUGCUGGAGCAUACGGCACACAGCCUGGAGUUGGAGGUCAACCUGGAUACGGAACAGGCCUGUUCGGAAGCCAACCCCGAACUGUUUCUCAGCCCGGAUACGGAACGGAAGGUCAACAGCCCGGUUUUAGCCAGCUUGGCGGUUCUCCCGCAUACGGAACUCAGCCAGGAUAUAUUAAACAACCAGGAUUCAGCACUCAAUCUGGUGUUAGUGGUCAACCUGGGGUCGGAAGUGGUCAACCGGGAUAUGGAACUCAGCCUGGUACUGGUGUAGCGCCAGGAUACGGAACUCAGCCAGGAGUUGGUGGCCAAGCGGGACUCGGUGGAGGACAACCAGGAUAUGGAACUCUGCCAGGAGUUGGCGGACAAUCGGGUAUCGGCGGAACUCAGCCAGGAGUUGGUGGACAAACGGGUCUCGGUGGCGGACAACCAGGAUAUGGAUCUCAGCCAGGACUUGGUGGACAAACGGGUCUAAGUGGAGGACAACCAGGAUAUGGAACUCAGCCAGGAGUUGGUGGACAAACGGGUCUCGGUGGAGGACAACCAGGAUAUGGAACUCUUCCAAGAGUUGGUGGACAAACGGGACUCGGUGGAGGACAACCAGGAUAUGGAACUCAGCCAGGAGUUGGUGGACAAACGGGUCUCGGUGGAGGAUCACCAGGAUAUGGAACUCAACCAGGAGUUGGUGGACAAACGGGACUCGGUGGAAGACAAGCAGGAUAUGGAACUCAACCAGGAGUUGGUGGACAAACGGGCCUUGGUGGAGGACAACCAGGAUAUGGAACUCAGCCAGGAGUUGGUGGACAAACGGGUCUCGGUGGAGGACAACCAGGAUAUGGAACUCAACCAGGAGUUGGUGGACAAACGGGUCUCGGUGGAGGACAACCAGGAUAUGGAACCCAACCAGGAGUUGGUGGACAAACGGGUCUCGGUGGAGGACAACCAGGAUAUGGAACUCAGCCAGGAGUUGGUGGACAAACGGGUCUCGGUGGAGGACAACCAGGAUAUGGAAUUCAGCCUGGAGCUGGUGGAGCACAAGGAUAUGGAACUCAACCAGGAGUCGGAGGCGGACCAUCGGGAUACGGAAUUCAGCCUGGAGUGGGUGGACAGACAGGAGUCAUCGGAGGACAGCCUGGCUUCGGUUCUCAACCUGGCGUUGGUGGAUCACCAGCUUACGGAACUCAACCAGGAGUGGGUGGACAAACUGGAAUCGGAGGCGGGCAACCCGGAGUGGGUGGACUGAUAGGAGCAGGUCAACCGGGAUAUGGAACUCAGCCUGGAAUUGGCGGUACGACAGGGUCUGGAGUGGGUCAGCCAGGUUACGGAACGCAGACAGGUCAAAUUGGAGCACCUGGACGCUACUCAGAUGGCACCGGAUUGGUUCCUGGUGGUGUGGGAAGCGCUGGUGGUGUUGGAGGCACUGGAGGUGUCGGAGGCACUGCUGGUGUUGGAGGUGUAGUUCCUGUCGGCGCUGCUGGAGCGGACGACGCCUACUCCCAAGCCGAGUCCACUAUCGGCGACGGGCAGGCCUCGGCGAGUGCUCAGGGUAAGAAGAACGGAGGCACGGCCAAGACCCAGGUGUCUGGAACCUACAGCUCGGGCGGAACCUUCAGCGCCAGUGCGAUGACAUCGGAUGCGGAUCGUGCGGCCAGUGCCCAGGUCACCGGAAACGCCGAUGGCGCUGUGAGCCAGUCGCAGGGAUCAGGAGGUCCUGCCCAGUCGCAGGCCCAGGUGCAGGUGGCCAAGGAUGGCGGCACCAAGGCCUCCUCGCAGAGCGGUGGCAUCAUCCAACAGAGUCAGAGCGAGGUGCAUGCCAACGACAAGGGCGGCCUGGCGGACGCCCAGUCAAGCGGACCCGGUCAAACGUCGUCUCAGGCCCAGAUCGGCUUCCGUCCCGGCCAGGAAGCCAAUCCGCCAGCGGCCAAUGGCGGCGGCCAGGCCUCGUCCUCAUCUGGCACCCACUCCAGUCAGAGUAGCUCCCAGAUUCACGGAACCUCCAGCUUUGGCGUUUCGUACCAUGGUGCUGCCCAAUCCGCGUCUGGAACCAAGGAGCAGGUGGCCACUUACAGGGAACAGAAUCGGGAACUCUUUAACACCAUCAGUCAGUUCGGCAACAAUGGCAAUGCAGUUACUGAUCGUGCUGAUACUGUCUACAGUGGACCAGCGCUCACUGAGGAAUCCGACAGUGUGCCCGAGGUGCAGCUGAAGUCAAACAAGCCCAAGGUAGAAGCUGAGCAACCUGAAAGCAAGGCAGACCAGUCGGAGGCCGUUCAGUACGAGGACGACACCGAUGAAUAUGAUGACGAUGAGUACUACAACGAGAAGCCACUGAAGAUAGAGGAAAGCCCCGAGUCUGCUAGCAUUGUGAGGCAACCGACUCCGAAACCCAAGGUCUACGAGCAGUCCUCGCCCUCGCAAAGCCAAAAGACUGUCGUGGUACCGCGGUCAGGUGAUAAGUACCAAGUGGUGCAAAACCAGAACGGCAAGGUCAUCAGCCAUGCCGAACCUUCGACCACCGAGGCCGUACCACCAGGCUUCCGAGGCACCGUCAAUGUGGAAAAGAAGUUCCACACCAAGGCUCUGGAGUUGCAAGCCCCCAGCAGGGUGGAGAUUACCCCCGAUGCCAAGGAAGAAGGUCCGGUUCGAGGUGACAAGCCUACACGGCGUGCUCCGGACAGCUAUGUCACCGUCACCAAGUCGGUGACCGGCAGCAUGGACAACAGCAAGAAUCCGCCCCAGGAGAACAAGAACUUCCAGUCCACAUACUUCACCAAGUCCUCGACUUGCGGCUACUUCACCUUCUCCUGCAACAUUGUUUACGGUGCCAAUGGAAGGAGCAAGAUCUGCCGGCCCAAGGCACCCACCAAUGGCAAGUGCUAGGGGAUCACAUUACAAAACCCCCUCAAGCCACCCAUAUUAUAAAUAGUAGAUCAGUUCCAAAGGGGCUCAAUUGUAGAACAGCUUAACCAACUGCCAUCUACAAAUACCGAUUUGUAUUUUGAUGCAGCUUGAUCCUAAGCAUUUAAGUGUUUUUCGCAAGUAAUUUUAGAGUUUCACUGCCAUUUCUUGAAUACUUUGUACGAUUUGCCACUGUAAUUAAUAUUUAAUAACAAUACACAAAACAACAGA